ACAUACGCUGACCAAUGUCAGGGUCUUGCACGACGCUCCUGUGACGGGCAUUGUAAUGAGCAGCGCAUCAAAGUGAUGCUGCGAAUAUGACAACCCAACCUCGUGCACUUGGUGUUAGCUACAUCAAUCAGAGGACUGGUCUCGUGAUCCAAGCCAAAGCACAUAACGAGGUCAUCGUCAGUAUGGGGACCUUUCAUUCACCACAGUUGUUAAUGGUAUCGAUAAGUAGUCAAUCCUUCUUUCAAUCUUUACAGAGAACUGUAAUCUAACAUGGUACUGAUGUUCAUGUUUGACCCUUGAG